AUGGCCGACUAUGUCGAUAGUGAACAUUUCAAUGUGGACCCGGACACCUAUGGGCUUCGCACCCUGUACCCUCCCGAAGGAGAAGACCGGUCUAUACUAGUCGACAUUGUCGCCGUUCACGGACUUGGUGGAGACGCCAUUCAAACCUGGACCGCAACCAACGGUUCUGACUCUAAAUUGUGGCUUUCCGAUAUACUUCCGGGUGUCCUGAAGAAGGAUAUUCUUACCAGCGAUUCUUCGUACGUGAGGGUUCUCACGUUUGGAUAUGACGCAUCCAUCUUCGUACAACCCGCGGAGGCCAACACCAAACGCCUACAGAAUUUUGCAUCAGCUCUUCUCAACGGACUCGAUGAUGACGAUUUAAGGCAAGAUGAGGAUAAAAAUCGACCCAUCAUAUUUAUAGGCCAUUCCUUGGGUGGGCUGGUUAUUAAACAGGCUCUGAAUAUAGCACACUCCAACUCAACACUUGGACACAUUCUCGCCAGUACUAAGGCCAUUCACUUUUAUAGCACCCCCCACGCAGGAGCAAAUGUAAAAGCUUGGGCUGAGGUGCUUGGGAGAAUGUCCGGGAGUCUGGGGAUGGCUGGUACGUCUCAGACCGCCAAGGCACUGGGGACCUGGUCUCCGGAGCUGCUGGAUCUUUCAGACGCAUUCACAGAAAGAGCAACCGGCAUAGCUAUAACGACAUUCUACGAAACGAUGGCAGAGCCAGGAGGCGUGAUGGUGGUGGACGAAGGCUCAGCAAGGUCGGGCCCUAGCGGAAGUCGAAUUGUGCCCUUAAACAAGACCCAUCGGGAAAUGUGUAGGUUCAUGACGCUCAAUGACUCAAACGGUAAAACGAUCCUUCAACGUAUGAAGGCCGAUGUCCGUACCAUCUACAAAGCAGCCCUUAAGAGUCAGGGAUAG